AUGUGUUCUCCGACAAAACACAUUACUCUUUUCUCUAUCAUAUUUCUACUCGUCUCGCCAGUGCCUUCUAUUGUAGCAAGAGAUUCGUACUAUAAACAAGAUGAUUCAACUUUCCUUGAACAAGUUUGUUCAAAGUUAGGUCUCAACGAAGAUCAGUGUUGUAUAUUAGCAAAAUCCACGUCGUUUCUCGGAUAUGCAGCAGUGGCAACGAGUGUUGGUGUAGUAGGUAUUCCUGCGUUGCUCGCAUCGAUGGGAUUCACUACCACUGGCAUUGUUGGCGGAUCCUGGGCUGCUUGGUAUCAAGCAACAUUUGGAAUCGGAACUGGUUUUUCAUGA